ACCAUGCCUUUUGGAUUAAAAGUACCUUCCAAGAACACACUAAUUUUUAGUGGUGUUGCAGGUGGCAUUGCAGGUCUUGUCUAUUCUAGUAAUAAAUAUGCCCAAGAUGCCAGAACAAGACUUUCUCAACGAGUUUCUUUUCUCGCUGACAGACCUUGUGGUGUCCAUGAAAUGCCUCGUAAAGUCACAGUGUAUAUUACUGCACCACCUGGUGAUGGACUUGAAAAGAGUCGAACUUGGUUUCGUGAAUAUGUCAAGCCUAUUCUUGUUGCAGGUGCUGUCGAUUGCGAAAUUAAAGAAGCUAAAUCGCCUGGCCAAAUUGAAACUUCUGUCAUGGAAGAAAUCGUUCAACGUCGUCGUGAAGCCGCCGAAGCAGCAAAAAACAAGUCCAACACAGGAUUUACAACACCUGUGGAUAACAUGAACAACAAGAAGAAAAGUGAAGUGGUAUCCGAUGGUAUUUUAGGGAUUGGUAGAAAUGCGAAUCGUGAAGUACUGAGUGGAUUAGCCAAGGGUUGA